AUGCACACCACGGUCAAAGGCAAGCACAAAGCCGCCCAACCUGCUGUGGUUGAUCCGCUCAAGGUCUCUCGUAUCCCAGUCCAGCGAUCCAAGACUGGGUGUCAGCAAUGUCGCCGCCGCAAACGCAAGUGCGAUGAGCGUCGUCCGUCGUGCACGGGAUGCGUCGAGAGGGGUCUGCCAUGCCAGUGGAUUCGCGAGCCACCCUCCCGUCCCCGGAUACCUCCUCGCCACUCCCCGUACAACAGAGACUUUGCCGUGCCCCAUGAGAUGCGUUCGCUCAUGACCGUCUUCACCAUUCCCACCAGUUCCGUCAAGGAGAGGCUGUUGGCACACUUUCAGGCCUACAGUCCCCUGUGGCUAACUAUUGGCGGCGAUGUGCGCAGAUCCACCCUUCUCAGCCUGGUUAUGCCUGCCGUUGAGCGAAGCCCGCUGGUAUUCGAUUGUGUUAUGGCGCUGUCCGCGGGAGACCUAAGCAAGUACGAGUCGACAAGCUCUGAUUUGAUCAACCUCGCAAACAGUUUCUACGGCCAAGCCUUGGCAGGAGUUCGCUCAGCCUUGGAUCGCGAGUUUCUUUCGUCUAAUUCUGCUAAGUCAUUGGACUAUACUGAAGAUGAUACUCUGUUGGCCGUUUUACUUCUCUGUGUGCAUGAGGCGGUUAACUUCACGGCCACGUACAGGAUCCUGCCACAUAUCAACGCAGCUGCUGCGAUAUGUCAUAAUCGCUCCCGGUCUACAGCAGCCAACUCUCGCCUCAGGGGUCUGCUAUUCGAGUUUUUCUGCUAUUUCUUUGCAUUGAUAGCCUUCUCUCAUGGUCAUGCUCUACAGCUGCACUUGGGCCCUAGCAUUUUUGCUUCUCCUUUUCUAGAAGCCAAUGACGAUCAAGGUAUUCUACUGGGAGGGCGGUGUCUUAUGGUCCUUUCAUGCAUUCUCAAGGUUGCCACGCUUACCAGUGCGCGGAAUGGUAACGCCACGGUCGCAGAGAACUCCCAUGCGCCGGCGCUCAGGGCGAUUGAGAUGCAGCUAAGUGACUGGUCGGGUGUUCCAUUGCCGGACGACGACAGGACUACGCUUCUGCCUGAUGAUGCUAUAGCAGAAAUAUAUCGACUUGCGUGCUUGAUUCAUGUCAAAAGGCUACUAGGUCGAGACUCAAAUGGUUUCUCGGAUAUACAGCGAUUAUUGUCUCAAUUCAUCUCGCUUCUAAACAGGCUUCCAACAACAUCUCCGGCCAAUGGUAUCCUAUGUUGGCCGCUGGUCGUGGCAGGGAUGUCCUCGGUUGAUGCAACGCACCGAAGGCUGAUUGUCGGUAGGCUUCGCACCGUACAUGAGACCUGGAGAUCGAAAAUCUUGACCGGGAGUGCCGCUCUACUUGAAAGCAUCUGGAAAGAAGACAAAUAUUCGAGGCAUUCACAAGAAUCGCGGGAUAUCCAUCCGACCCAUGUCAAGGGUACAGUGGAUUUCCAUUCUGGUCAUACUAGGGCAAGCUAUCCAAUAGUAUUGCUAUGA